AUGAGCCAAAUAUGUAGCAAUAUUUUGUUUAAUUAUAAUAAUUCAAAAGCAAAUAACCAACAAAUAUCAAAAUUUCAUAUUGCAACACCUAUUUCUGAUUUUGAAGAAAAUGAAUUAGAACUGAAUAAGAAUAUUAAUGAAUUUGAGGAAGAUGAAAAUAUAAAUAUUCAAGUUUUAAAAAAUA